UCACAACCAUAUCAUUUGUAACAGGUUCCGGUCACUGUGAACAACAUGGCGGAUAGAUUUUAUUUUCUUCUCGUUGGAAUUAUUUUGCAGAUUUCUCUUGUACUUGGUUACCAGGCAUGUUACUCGGAUAGUCAGUGUCCUCUCUCUAACUACCACUGCUGUACGGGUUCUAUUUACUGCUGCCCCUGGGGGUCAGUAUGUACCGGUACCAUCAACUGCAUCAGCAUAGGAACAAUCGUCGGACCCAUAGUUGGUGGAGUGGUUCUCAUAAUUAGCUGCAUCGUCUGCUGUAUUUGUUACCGCAGACGAAGGAGACAGGUGCCACCACCAAUGGUUACCUACGGACAACAACAACAGACUGGACAACAAACCUAUGGACCACCUCCCAGUUACGGACAACAACAGCAACACGGACAAGGUUACGGACAACCGCAACAAUAUGGACAAGGUUACGGACAACCACAAGGUUAUGGUUCACCUGUUGAAUUUUCUCAGAAUACAACAGAGAAAAGUCAAACAAAGUAAACUUUGUAAGAAAAAAAUUAUACAAACGUCCCUUUAAAAAAAUGGAGUAAAUUUUAGUGUUCAAGGAAUAAGAGAUCUCGAACAAACUGGUGACUUAUUUCCCAUUUGAGAGUUGGUUACGAUUUCGAAGAACAAAUAUGUGUCGACUUUGUCGCCAUUGAAUGGCUGUGUUAUCAUUGACGAUGUAAUGUUUGUAAAUGUUGUCUAAUUAUUCAAAUGUUAUAUGACUUAAAAUAUUUGAUUACAUGUAUUAAUUGAUAUUCAUUUUUUGUC